AUUAUUUUACAGAGCACAGUUUCAGUUUCCUGUUUUCUUUUUUUUCGGGGUUAAGUGUUGCAUAUUCAUAGCAGCAAUGUGGAUGUGGUGGGAAGGCACCGCACAGACACCGCGCUAAAGGGCUGAACCCACAUCCUUAGUCAUAGCAAAGAUGACGCCUUCACUGUAAGCAGGCUGAACAUGUUCCACUAAACGCUCACAGCAGACGUCAGCGCCUCAGUGGCUCCGUUUGCUCUCAGUCAAGUAGGACGGCUUCACUUUACAGCAAGGUCCUCCUGUCUCCCCACAGCUGAUAACGCUGGGUCGUUGCCAUGGCUCCCACACCCGUGCUCCUGCCGCUGCUGUGGAGCCUCUCACUCAUUCACGGCGCCUCGUCUCUGUGUAACGUCACCUGCUGGACGGACUACGAGGCUCUGCUGAACUGUUCCUGCUCGGGUUCUGUGCCAGCGCAUCCGGUCCAAGUCACAGUCGUUUGCCGUGGCUUCGAAGCCGAGGUCAGCGGCAGCUGUGACAUCACACCCCCCCAGUCCUGGUGCGCCGUGGCCGAGGACCUGGAGGAGGUGGCGUCCACCGACACCGAGUGCAGCGCCAGCGUCAAACAGCGGGACGAGCAGGACGCGCUGAAGGUCACUGAGUCACGAAGCUGGAAGCUGAGUGAUGUGGUGAAACCACGGCCGCCUUUCAGCGUCCGCGUGGCAGACGUGGAUGGAUUCUACAACGUCACCUGGGCCGUCAACAACACGUACGGCUGCCUCAGGUACCGGGUGCGCAUCAGGGAGAGCACGGAGCCGUCAAAGGACCCAGAUCUUGUCCUGAAGCUGGGCGGGACCUUCGUCCCGCUGAAGCAUAACUUGCUGCAGCAGCACGUCACGUACACAGUGGACCUGCAGGCCCAGCUGUGCACGGACUGGCUCGAGGGUCCGUGGAGCGAGUGGAGCUCCUCUGCACAAUGGAGAACGGGCGCGUUCGAGGCGGAAGGAGGGAACAGGAGCUGGUGUUACGUGUUUCUGCCCGUCCUCCUGCUCUUUGGCCUCCUGCUGCUGGCCUAUUUAUACAAACCGUUUUGGCAGAAAAAAAUACAAGUGAUCACAAACGUCCCGAAGCCCAACGACUUCUUCAAGCCCCUGUAUCACAGCUACGGUGGGAACUUUAAGGAGUGGGUGAAGCCCGUGUUCAGGGAGUUCGACUACGUGAGCGUCGAGUCCGUGGCGCCGAUGAUGAGCGAGAAGCUUCGCUGGAGCAACGAGAAGCUGAGCUACGGCGAGGACGCCGGGGCGGGGGAGCGCUUCCUGCAGGCGCUGCAGCCUCACGCCAACCUGCUGCUCCACCUGCAGGACGCGGGCCGCUCCACGGGCCACGUGUCCAUCCUCACCGUGACGCUGGACGGGGAGGUGGCCUCACAGGGCUCCAUGCGAAGCUACCAGGACGGAGGCAGCUUGGGCUCCUACGAGGAGGACGACAGGCGGCCGGCCGGCUACGAGGCGGGGGAGCAGCUGUGUGGGGGGGGGGCCCAGAACCAGCUGUCCCUGGAGAACCUGCACUUUGAGCCGCGCGGGCGCUUCGUGGAAGCGGAGAGGGCGUCGCUGGACUCGUUCGCCUCCCACGAGCAGUCGGAGGACGGGUACCCGCACGUGGACCUGGACACCAUCGACAGCGGCUUCGUGGAGUGCAGCAGCCCCGGGGUGUCGCCUUCAGGCACCGCGGGGCAAACGGACUCGGACCCUUUCCAGGAGCACAAGAACUCCAACUCCAACUACGUGAAGCAGUGGAUGAUCUGCAGCGCCAUUCAGGAGGACUGCAGCUCCGAGAGCGAGCUCCAGCAGACGCAGUGACAAUGCUGCAAUCGACAGACGAUUCUACACUCACUGGUCACUUUAUUAGGGACGCCCAUGAGGUCCAACUCAGGCUAAUACACUUUAGAAUCAGGUGGUGUUUUCUGAUGUUUGCUGACGACCUGUAGAUAAAGUGGCCGGUUCAGGGUCUGCACUGCUCCUCACUGUGUUAGCUUGGAGCUAACUGUUAGCUGUGCUCUUCUUGUGCUCCCGUAACCUUUGUACUGUGUACGCUGGUUUGUACGUAGGAUAAUGCAGGCGGGCAGCUGAGCUUGGCACCGUCUUGGCCGCGCACGCAUCAUUAGCGUCAUCUGGAGAAGCAACGUGCAUGAUUCGGUCUUAUCGCUGAUAAUCUCCUGUUUUCCUUGCACAUGCAAUUAGUCAGAAACCACGGUAACCGUCUGUCCUGCUCAGUGCAGCGUCAGUGAAAAAGAGCCAAGUUUGGUGACUUUUUCUCACGUGCAAACGCGAGACUGGUUGUUUCUCUUAUCACGUCAUCUGGUGUGUUUGACCAAGACGAGCGCUUCUUCACAUUGUACAGUCCCUGAAUGUGGCGUGUAACAUUUGGACAGAUUUUAAUCCUUCUGCUUUUGUCUUAGUCUGUGCUUUUGCAUUUCUGCCUGUCACUGACUGUUAUCACGUUCACAUGCUUGAUGUUAUUUAAGGGUUUUUCUACAGACCGAGUGUCUGGCUUGUUUGUUCCUUCUCACGGACGCUUCUGCACCUGCUGAGGACCGGGCUCUGGGUUCUUCAGGGUCUGGACUCUGGUGGACCAGUGUUGGCCACUGGAUCGUGUUUUCCCAGCAUUUGAGUCACAUCCUCACACUGUCUCCAUGUCACAGGUUGAAAUGCUGAGUGUGAGCGUCCACAGCUGCACCUCCUGUCACAUGGUUUCAAUUGUUGCAAAUUAAAGCGUCAAAUUCAACUAAUCAACUAGUUUUAUUUUUAUUUUUAGGAGGCUAUGAAGGAUGUAAAUGUUCAAUGUGAUUGUGUGUUAUCUGACAAUCUGCUGCCUCAAACAUCUUCUUGAUCUCUGGCUUUGAUUUAAUACAUUUUUACAUUUUGCAGGAGAUGAGUUAGAAAAUAGUGAAGCUGCAAACGUUCAAAACUCCAGUGAGUGAAGACAUUUCUCAGACUCGUGAUGUCUCGUUGCAACGAGGUUUUUAAUGUUUAGCCUUUACAGAUUAAUGCUAAAGUGAUACUAAAACUCACUGACAGCAUGUGAUAAUUCCUCAUUCCUCAUCAUUGCUGCCUGAGUUGCGUGUUGCUAAUUCCUGCAGUGUGACCUGACCAUGCAGUGCUGAGGUGCAGUGUCGCUGGUUUAACGUGCUGUUACUGCUUUAUUAAGGUCUACUUUUACUGCCACCUUUAUGUACAGUAGCUUUAUUUUACCUGUUAGUGACAAACCACCUGUUUUUUUUCAUGAUCUUCACAGGAAACAGAACAACCUUGAAUUAAACUACAUACACAAUUAAACAUGAUGACAGAUGCACAA